AUCUGUAUAUGAUAUAAAUAAUUAAAACCACUUUUUUCUUAUUAUUUAGCUUCUGAAACAGUCAUUGCAAUAGGUAACACUUGUCGUGUGCUACAAUAUAAAUAAGGAAAAAGAAAAAAGGAGUCUUAUUAACAUUUUCCCACUGUUCUUAGGUCAACUAGUCUUCAUUGCAGUUUUAAUUAUGUGUAUGCUUUUAAAUUUAUUAUAAUUAAAUUAACACUAGGAUCAUUAACUGUAAUUUGCAUUUGCGUUGUUUGUGUGUUUUGAGUUUAGUUGUUUCCUAAAAUUUAAUAAGUAUAGUUGUGUGGUACCGAUUAAAAUGGCGGCCAGUAAAAUAAAUCCAGAUUUGCAAAGAGAGCGGGAUAAUUGCACGUUCAGUGUUAAAGAAUUGACCAAUUUAUUAGAUGGUGGUCCUCAAAAAACAGAGGAAAGAAAACAGCGAGAGGAAAUGGUAUUCCAAGAAGGCAUCCAUAAUGAAUCUGUGCCGGCGAUGUAUUUAAGCUAUAAGGAGAAAUAUGAAAUAGCUUUAAAAAAAUCUUGUGCUAUAUUGAAACUGGUCAAGAAAUUACAAGAGAAAGGAAAGGCCGGAAUGGAUAGUUAUCUAGCCCUUCUAGGAAGUUCUUUAACUACUGCUAUUGUAGACGAUGGCAAUCCUUUAGCCCUGCACUAUAUCAUGUUCAUACCAACCCUCAUGGGGCAAGGGACAGUGGAACAGCAAGCCUACUGGAUUAGUAGAGCUCUUAAUUUGAAUGUUAUCGGUACUUAUGCCCAGACGGAGCUGGGUCAUGGCACCUUCAUCCGCGGUCUGGAGACGACGGCGACGUACGAUCCGCGCACCAAAGAGUUCGUGCUCAACACGCCCACGCUCACCGCCUACAAGUGGUGGCCGGGUGGAUUGGGUCAUACCGCCAAUUACUGUAUUGUAAUGGCCCAGCUGUACACCCAGGGCAAAUGUCACGGCAUUCACCCGUUCAUAGUCCAAUUACGUGACGAAGAGACACACAUGCCACUGCCUGGCAUUAAAGUUGGAGAUAUAGGUGCCAAGCUAGGCAUGAACACCACGAAUAAUGGCUUCCUGGGACUCGACAACGUGAGGAUACCCAGGGAACAUAUGCUGAUGAAAAAUUCCAGGGUUCAGAAGGAUGGAACUUACAUAAAGGCACCAAGCUCAAAACUCACAUACGGAACCAUGAUGUUUGUCCGCGUUAUGCUGGUUAAGGACCUGAACAACUUCAUUGCAAAAGCCGUCACCAUAGCAGUUAGAUACUCCGCUAUCAGAAGACAGUCGCAGCGGAUUCCUGACGAGCCGGAAUCCCAAAUCUUGGACUACAUGACGCAACAGCACAAACUAUUAGUUGGGAUAGCGUCGGUGCAUGCGUUCAAGCUCACCGCCGAUUGGAUGUGGAAUAUUUACAACAAUGUUACCGCUCAGCUUGAGUCGGGGGACCUCGAGAGAUUGCCUGAGCUACAUGCACUAUCAUGCUGCUUGAAGGCAGUAAUAACUGCUGAUGCCGCAGAGUGUGUGGAACGGUGUCGGCUCGCGUGCGGCGGGCACGGUUACAUGCUGUCGUCAAAUUUGCCGCUCACUUAUGGUUUGGUGACCGCAGCAUGCACAUAUGAGGGAGAAAAUACUGUACUUCUAUUACAAACUGCUAGGUACUUAGUGAAGGCGUGGCACCAAGGAGCAACGGGUGGUAUUUUGCCCCCCACGGUGGCGUAUAUAGCACGUGCAGCUGACCACCGCUCGCUUUGGGAUAACACCAUCCAGGGCAUUGUGGACGGGUUCCAUACUGUCGCUGCCAAAAAAAUUGCAUUGUGCGUUGCACAAAUAAAAAAGCUACAAACAAAACAGGAAAUGUCGUAUGAAGACGCUUGGAACAUGACUUCAAUUCAGUUAACGUCAGCGUCUGAGGCACAUUGCCGUGCUUUAAUCCUGGCCACCUACUACAAAGAGACGGAGCAGCUGGCCAAGAGCGUGUCGGCAGAGCUACGGCUGGUGCUGCUGCAGCUCGUGGACCUGUACGUGCUAUACUGGGCACUGGACAGGAUUGGCGACUUGUUGAGGUUCACAUCGAUAUCGGAGCGCGACAUCGAGCAGCUGCAGGGCUGGUACGAGCUCACGCUCAGCAAGCUGCGCCGUAACGCUGUCGGGCUUGUGGACGCGUUCGAUAUUAGGGAUGAGAUAUUACGUUCAACACUAGGUUCUUAUGACGGUAACGCAUACGAGCGACUUAUGGCAGAAGCUAUGAAGUGUCCUCUCAACGCCACUCCAGUUAAUGAUAGCUUCCACAAGUACCUGAAACCUUUAAUGCAAGGAAAAUUAUGAAUAAACAGCAACAUCAUUUUUUAUAUUUCCACGCACAUGUACACGAAGUAACACACAAAUAAAGUGUAAACACACACGCACAUAAUAUUGAUGUACUUACACUCAAAUCACAUACAUUUUUUUUAAUAAAAGAAUUAAAAUUGAAAA